UGUAUAGAAACAGAAUAACAGCGCAAAGCCGCAAACAGUUUGAAGUUGUGGAUCGUUUGAGGUUAAUUUUUGUCAUGUCUCAUAAAGAAGAGUUGGCUCAGGAUGUUAGGAAGCUGGUGAAACAGCUAACUGGUUUCGAAGAUGAUGAUGAGAACCUUAAACAGUGCGAAAGUUAUGCAUUAUCAAAUAUUUUGUAUCACCGCUGCGUGUCUGUCGAAGGGCAAAAAGUUCGUAAAGCUAUGGAUGGGAUAGUGACGAAAUUUUUUGUACAUGGCCAUUUGCAAGCUUCUAAAAGAUUGUCGGAGCUUUUUGAAAAGUUCUUAACAGAUGAGAAAUUUGAAGAUCCAUCCCACUGCGACGAGCGAUGGUCAAUGUUAUGGCUCUUGCUGUGUUUGGCAAACAGACCAACCAAUAAAAUUCAACCUAAUGAAACGCCAGAACCCGUCAAAGAAAAGAAUGGGGACGACAACUUUGAUUGGGGAGCAUAUUUAAUGGAUGGAGUUGCUCCGUUUAGUAGACCGUACAAGGAUGAUUCAGAUGACUCUUUCUCAGAGCUAGAUGAUUCUGGUGUAAGUAGUGUGGAUGAAGCAUUCACUCAUACAAGCACACUUUCUGUGGGGCAUAAAAGUGCAGAUUUAGAAUGUACAAGUAGAAACGAAGAGUUGGUGGAAUUAGUUAAUAAAGGUGUUGAGGCUGAAAGGUGGCUGAAACGAAAUGUUCAGAAUUGCUGGUGGAUCACAGGCAAUGUACCAAAUGAAGUUCACAGCAAAUACCCUUGUGCAAAUUUUGCGGAAAGUUGGGAGGAGUACUCUGUGGCCGAAAGAAAUGAUGGUCACUGCUGCAAGCCAAGAACAAUAAAAAUUAGUGAAUACAAAGUUGUGAGAGAAGUACUAUUUAUGCUUCAUUCACCAUCAGCAACUUUUCUGUUUCAUCAAGAAAAUGGCCGUUUUGUUGUACGGAAUGAUGUUACUAUUCCAAGUCUUACCAAGGAUGCUGUCAAGAAUUACUUGGGACAUGUGUGCGAGUAUGUCAACAUUGUGUAUGAACUACAGAAAUUCAGGGAAGAAGUUUAUGCUGGUUAUCAGUCAGAUAAUACCUCAGCUACAAGGUUGCCCACUUUCACCUUUGAAGCAUAUGCUGCGUCAGUGCACGACAUUCUUCAGGAAUUUGCUCAGUUCAUCUCAGAAAUUGAAGGACGAGUUAGGAAACAAGAGGAUAUUAACACACUAUACCAGUUAAUCUGUGAAUUGAGACCAAAAUUUAAAGAACUAAAAGUUGUGUAUGAUACACAUGUAUUAGCCAUUGAAGACUGGAAAGAAUCUCCAAAAUGGUUAGCAGUCACACGAUUGCUGUCAGUUCUUUAUGAAGCAGGAAUAUCUGCCACUGAGGUAUACGAGUCGAGGCAUAUAUUAAAAUUAUUUCUCAAAAGCUUCCGACCAUAUUUUGGUAUUAUUAGCACUUGGUUGACUGAAGGCCAUCUUGAAGAUUGGCGUCAGGAGUUCAUUAUUACAAGGAAUGACAAUGUAAUAGAUAGAACAUGGGAAAUGUGGGAGGAAGGCUUCACACUGCAUCCUUACAUAAACUGUCUCAAAUCAAAAGGAAUAGAGCCACUGCCUCUGCUGGAAGAUGUUGCUGAGAAGGUCCUUCAUGCUGGGAAAAGCAUUGAAUUACUUAAAAAAUUGAAUAAGAUUGGUGAUUUUUCGCAUCUCAGUGACAUGAAAGGUUCUUUAUACAAAGAAUUUUUAAUUGCCAUAAUUAAGGAGCUACCUGUUGAUGAACAGAAACAGAAAAUUUCAGAUAAUCAGUCAAAUUUUAAUGAUGAAGAUGAACAUGAACAAACAAAUGGUAAGAGAAAUACCAUUGAAGACCAUACUUCACUGACACUAGGACAUGUUCGUGCUGAGGAUGCCAGUGUUCCACAACAGAAGGGAUUGAAUCUUUCAGAAGAGAGACCAUUACUUGAUUAUCCAAUAUUAGGCAAAAUAGUGAAGAACUUGUUCCAUGGGGAAGAUAAGCUUGAGUGGCAAGACAUAGGUCAAAUGGAAGAGCAAGAACUCUUCGAUAAGGUUAUACAGAAACUGUCCUCUGGAUGUUUCCCUGUAAAACCGUUGUUGGAAUCUGUAUUCAGCUACUUCAUAUAUGAGAAACAUGGUACUGCGUGUUCUCUAGUGAAAAAUAUAUUGCAUUCUGAAUACAACAUUGCAGUUCAGCUCUCCGUUGUAAGAAAUAUUUAUCUCAUGGAGGGAAGUGACAUGGAAAAAUUCUGUUCACACGUAUUCAGGGAGGUUGAGAGAAACUAUGCCUGGGACAAUGCAUAUUCACUAACUAUGCAAUUGGAGAACUGUAUAGAUGAACAGUACCCUUCACUGAGCUCAAAAUUUUCUGUAUCUGUUUCUAAGAGAUCACAAACAAUCGUAUCAGUAAACACAUUGGACAGCAUCAAAAUUAAGUUUUCAGUUGAAUGCCCCAUGUCUCUGAUAUUCUCUAAAGUCAACAUGAAGAUGUACAAUUCUGUAUUCAGGUUCCUAUUGAAGGUGAAAUGGGCACUUUGGGCCUUGGAACAGUUGAGAUUUAAAAGAGGGGAGUUGAAGGACAAUAAUAAGGCUGAAUCUGCAAGUAACAUUAGAAAACGUAACAUGUUGUGGCUGUUGCGCUUCUGGAUGUUGCAUUCAGUUGGUUGUCUUCAUUCGUACCUGAUGGGUCAGGUAUUAGUAUCACUUGGUUUGGAACUUGAACGAGACAUAGAAGAAGCAGCUGAUCUGGACACACUAAUUAGAGUUCACAACACCUAUGUUCAAAAAGUCUACACACACUGCUUACAACCAAAGGAAUACGAAAAUAUCAGAAGGGCUAUUCUGGAGCUGGUUACACUUGCAUUAAAAUUACGUGAAGUCUGGCUUGUGGGCUUGGAAAUUGUCUCAGAAGAGCGACUUAGCAAGAUGGGUGACUUGUACAUAAAGUGUCACAGCCAAUUGGGUGCAGUCCUGCAGAAUGCUGUAGAUGCUAAUCAUGAUCCACUUUAUAAAUGUAUGGCAGCAAUGAAAACACAGCCUUUAGUGUAUCAUUUACCAUGUCACACAGCCUCUUCUAAUGAAUCUCUUGCUCAGUUAUCUCCUUAUUUUGGAGUUCCUACUAGAGAAACAGUUCAGGGAUUGGAAAGGGUACCUCAGAGUCAAGAAGUGGAUGUUUUGACAAAGUUCCUGAGGAAUAUGCUGCUCAGUUACAAAAAAACAUCUUCUGCAACAUACACUGAUGAAGACAGUUUUGUGUGUCACAACUUUGCUGCAGCAUUUCAUUUUUCUGUUGAGGAAAGGCAAUGUUUUCCUGGUCUUUAUGACCAGUAUGCAGACAUUGUAGGAACUGGUUGGCACAAAAAAAUCAGUAGUUAUAAGAAUAUGCAUAGAUUUUCUCAGAAAAAAAUGUUGUAUAGAACAAGGAAUUAUAAACACUCAAAGAUUACAAAAAGAAGACUCUGCCUCAGGAGAGAACACAGUUUGUUAAUGAAAUUCCAGAAUUGUUUAAAGUUUAAUCAAUACAAGUUUCAAUCAGAAAUAAUGGCUAAAAGACAGAAUUUCAUUUCAUUACCGUCUCUGAAAAAAAGAAUUAAAUUGUUCAGUAACAAUGACCUUCCACAGACUCAAAUGGUUUUCAGCAAAUCUGAUAGCACUCUCGUCAAUAAUUCUAGUCAUAGAGUCGAAGAAAUUUCUCGUGGAAUGAACAAAGUAGGCGAAGUAAAUGGGGAUACAUUUGGAGUACAUUCAUCAGAAACCACAGAAGAUGGAACUGAUGGACCAACAAGCGAUGAGUUUAUAACAGGAACAAAUCACAGCACUAGAAGCAUUUCAUAUGUUUCAGCAACAACUAGCACUGAAAUGAAUGAAGAAGAGGGUAUCUGCAAUGUUUCUAUGGAGACUUUAGGGAUUCUACAGAGUGGGGUGAAACAUUGUGGGAAUGUUCCUGAGUUUAGGCAUGGGGACAAAAUUGGUAAGAAAGCUUCAUUAAAGAAAAGAAAUUGUGAAACAUUUUCACAGGAUGUUAGAUCAGAAUUUCAUGAUGUGGAUUCAGAUAAUGAAGAAAUUGGAAAUGAUCCUGAGUUUAGACAUGGAGAGAAAAGUAGUAAAAAAGCUUCAGUAAAGAAAAGAAAUUAUAAAGCAUUUCCACAGACUAUCAGAUCAGAAUUUCAUAAAGUACAUCCAUGUAAUGAAGAAACAGGAAGUGAUCCUGACUUAAGAAGUGAAGACAAAAGUAGUAAGAAAGCGUCUUUAAAGAACAGAAAUUAUGAAGGAUUUUCACAGUUUGUCAGAUCGAAAGUUCAUGAAGUGCAUGCAGGUAAAGAAGAAAUUGGGACCUCGAGUGAAUUAUCAUUUAAGAAUAUUCCAAUAUUUCAUUGGCAAUCCAUCACUAACUCUAAGAAAAGACAAAUCUGUCUCCCCCCACUAACAAAAUCACAGGAAGCGUAUAUAAAAAAAAUAGGUAAUGUUGAAGCUGGGUAUGAUGCUGACUGUGAUACAGCUGAUUCAGAGUCUGAGAACUCAAAUUCUGAUUUGGAAGACUGGCUUGAUAUUUUGCUCUUUAACUCUAAGACAGAUGUAAGGAGUAAAUCUAAAUCAACGCAAUAUACAUCUGUAUCUGAAGCUGACAGUAAACAUUUCAGCAGUUACUUCAGUAUAACUAAUGAUAAGUCACGUUCAGAACUGUGCCUGUCAACAAGCACUGUUUCAGAAUGCACUUCAGAACACAAGAUCAAACGUUGCAAUAGUGGUAGCAUACUUAACACUUUGCCACAAAGAAAAGUGCUUGCAGAAACAGACAUUGUUCAAAGGUAUCUGAGUUUAGAUGACCGUAAGGUACUUAAUAGUGCUGACACCAUAGAUAUUCAAAGGCAAUCCACAAAAGCUUCUGUAUCAAUGAAUACUUCUUCAGAAUAUAUGACUGGAGUUGAAAGUAAGUCCUGCAACAGUCAAGGAAGUAUGAUUAAUAGUACUGUAUCUUUUCCCAGAUUCUGCAUCUCAGCUCGUACUUACUCAGAAUACAGUUAUGAAGCUGAUCGCAGUGCAGCCAGUAGUACGUCUUACACAAAAAUGUUGCCUCCAAUAAAUUUGGGUACAGGCUGUUACUGGAGAGGAAAUGAUCAACCAAUAGGCAGACAUUUUACAGUUCUGCAUGAAAAUAAAAAAUGCAUCAAAGAUUCACUCUCUGAACUUGAAAUGAGAGAAAAUGUUGCUAAUCACAGUACAAAACCCAAAAAAGUGUUAGAAAAACAAGAAAUUUCAUCUACAUCUUCAACUGGACCAUUGUGCCGGACAUGUGUGUUCAAGUGUGGACUAUUACCACAUAAUGGUAAAACUGUUAGGGGCCAAGAAAUUUUGCAGCACUUACUAGAGACAGAUAAGAAAUCAAAGAAACAAGAAAGUAAGCAAUGCUUAUCUCAAAUGGACAAGAAGUCAAAGUUUUGCAGCAAAUGCAGAAGCUUGUUCACAAAGAAUGUAUGACAGAUAGCAUAAUCUUGUGUAAACUCUAAAUGGAUGGGUUAGCAAAAAAGCUGUAUGUUAGUUGCUGACUGACACAAAUUUUAGAUGUUUUAAAAUUUGUAUCAGUUAAAAUAUUGUGUAAUGCUCUGUUAUAAAAGUUUUAUAACAUCGUAAUCAGUAGCAUGUCCACGUGUGAAAAUGACGUCUUUUGUUUUAAAUUUCAAUCAGUGAUUCAAGAUGUUAAAUUUGUGAAUGUUUGUCCAUAUCUGAUGUGUCAUGUCACCAUAUUCCAAAUAAAAUGUCCUUGUAUUUUUCAAAUUUGUCAGACAUUAAUGAAAUUCCUUAUGCUGUUUACAGAAGCCAUAAUAGUUUCACUACUAGUAAAUUUAGGUGUAAGAGAACCUAACAUAUUUGUUGGUGGCAAACUUCUUCUACUGCACAGAUAAAUUUCUUCAUAGAAACAAUUGACAUGUGUAUUUCAUUAAAAAAUCAAGUAAUGUGUUAUGUAAAAUCUGACUAGUGCACAUCUCCAAUAAUGGACUGAUACAACCAAUGUAAAUCAGUUGUAAACAAGUUUUGUAGACUGAUUUUAUCUUUGAUGACAAGAAGAUACAGUAGCAUUAGAAAUGUUGUAUGCGCCUCAGUGUAUUGUACAUUUUGUGACAAAUUGUUAUUACUUCUUAAAUGAAAAUAUUU